CGCCGGGGUGCGGUUCCGGGUCGUGGCGCGGCUCAGGGCAACAGGGCUGCUGCUCGGCCGGCCGGCGGCGGCGAGCAGCAGGGGCAUGAGGGAGAGCCCGGGAAGCGGCAGCUGAGCGGGCCGGUAGGAGCGCCGGUCCUGAGGAUCCCGAGAGUGCAGAGUUCGGGGCAGGGACCGGGAGGCGUGGGGAAGCCGGGCCCUCCCCUCAGGAACGUGCCCCGGGGCCGACCCGGCCCGUAGUGUGGAAGCAGCUUCAGUUUUCGGCAGACACAACAUCUUUGUAUGUGGUGCUGAGGAUCGAACCCAGACCGCACGCAUGCCAGGUAGGUGAGCUGGUGAAACAAUAUGAAGAGGAGAAAAUAGCCUUUUAAGGAAAUUGGCCCACAGAAAGGAUGGCCUUCUUGGACAAUCCAACUAUCAUUCUAGCUCAUAUUCGGCAGUCACAUGUGACCAGUGAUGACACAGGAAUGUGUGAGAUGGUUCUCAUUGAUCAUGAUGUUGACCUAGAGAAGAUUCAUCCUCCUUCAAUGCCUGGAGACAGUGGGUCAGAAAUUCAGGGAAGCAAUGGCGAGACUCAGGGCUAUGUAUACGCCCAGUCAGUCGAUAUUACCUCAAGUUGGGACUUUGGUAUUAGAAGACGCUCAAACACAGCUCAAAGAUUAGAACGACUUCGAAAAGAGAGACAAAACCAGAUCAAAUGCAAAAAUAUUCAGUGGAAAGAAAGAAAUUCUAAACAAUCAGCCCAGGAGUUAAAGUCACUGUUUGAAAAAAAAUCCCUCAAAGAGAAGCCUCCAAGUUCUGGAAAGCAGUCCAUAUUAUCUGUACGCCUGGAGCAGUGCCCUUUGCAGCUGAAUAAUCCCUUUAAUGAAUAUUCCAAAUUUGACGGCAAGGGUCACGUAGGCACAACUGCAACCAAGAAGAUCGAUGUCUACCUCCCCCUGCACUCAAGCCAGGACAGACUGCUGCCAAUGACCGUGGUGACAAUGGCCAGCGCCAGGGUACAGGACCUCAUUGGGCUCAUCUGUUGGCAGUAUACAAGCGAAGGACGGGAGCCGAAGCUCAAUGACAAUGUUAGUGCCUACUGCCUGCACAUUGCUGAGGAUGAUGGGGAGGUAGACACGGAUUUCCCCCCGCUGGAUUCCAAUGAGCCCAUUCAUAAGUUUGGCUUCAGUACUUUGGCCCUGGUUGAAAAGUAUUCAUCUCCUGGUCUGACAUCCAAAGAGUCGCUCUUUGUUCGAAUAAAUGCUGCUCAUGGAUUCUCCCUCAUUCAGGUGGACAACACCAAGGUCACCAUGAAGGAGAUCUUGCUGAAGGCAGUGAAGCGAAGAAAAGGAUCCCAGAAGAUAUCAGGCCCUCAGUACCGCCUGGAGAAGCAGAGUGAGCCCAAUGUCGCCGUUGACCUGGAGAGCACGUUGGAGAGCCAGAGUGCGUGGGAGUUCUGCCUGGUCCGCGAGAACAGUUCAAGGGCAGACGGGGUUUUUGAGGAGGAUUCACAAAUUGACAUAGCUACGGUACAGGAUAUGCUUAGCAGCCACCAUUACAAGUCAUUCAAAGUCAGCAUGAUCCACAGACUACGAUUCACGACCGAUGUACAGUUAGGUAUCUCUGGAGACAAAGUAGAGAUAGACCCUGUUACGAAUCAGAAAGCCAGCACGAAGUUUUGGAUUAAGCAGAAACCCAUCUCAAUCGAUUCUGACCUGCUCUGUGCCUGUGACCUUGCUGAAGAAAAGAGCCCCAGUCAUGCAAUAUUUAAACUCACGUAUCUAAGCAAUCAUGACUAUAAACACCUCUACUUUGAGUCUGACGCUGCUACCGUCAAUGAAAUCGUGCUCAAGGUUAACUACAUCCUGGAAUCACGAGCAAGCACCGCCCGGGCUGAAUAUUUUGCUCAAAAACAAAGAAAACUGAACAGACGUACAAGCUUCAGCUUCCAGAAGGAGAAGAAAUCAGGGCAGCAGUGACACUGGCCCCCAGCCUCAAUCUGUUGCCACAGAUUGAGCUGCCUGCCAGGGCCAGGUGGCCCUAGAGCCCACCCCGUGCUCUGCAGUGCUUGGGGGAGGCCAACUCACGGGCACAGGGUCAGUGGGCUCUUGGGCAGGGGGUGGGGCCAGGGGGCAUCUAGGUUGGAGGACAGGGGACAUUGCCAGGGGACUGCAGCCUGAUUGGUGGUGGCUUUGAGUAACAAUGCCCAGGGCCAGACCACCCCCCGGCAGAGCCAUGUGCUGUCCAGCCGCCUUCACUGCCCGAUGACCCUGCCCGAGGAUGUACAUAGCCAUGCCAGAUAUUUCCUUGCAACUUGAUCAAAUUUCUUAAAGCAAAUGAAGAACAAAGUGUAUAUUUCUUUUUUCCUUUUAAUAAACAGGUGUACUCUUUA